CUGAACCGGAAGCAAGUUGGUUGGAUGGGUUGAGCAUGAAGGUGGAAAUGGUCAGGCCGGCUUCAUUGUGGCCGAUGGAGGAGUACUGGCUUGAAUGGACAGGGUCUGGAACCUCUAGUGGUUCGCCGGUGUCUUCCAGCUUUAAGUCAGACAACUCCUGGAUCAAUAGUUGCUUGAACCCGGUUUGUUCCUGUGCAAGCAACUCAUGGACAGCUUUGGCAAAUCCAGCCCUUAUAACUCUUGAACCGGACCUUGUGGUAGGACCUUUGCAGAUGAUGGGAACCUCAGUCGUGGGUACUACAACAUCCCCUCCCUCUUGAACAGGUUCUGUCCUCAGAACAUCUCUGUCAUCUGCAAUAUAAGGAGACAAGUAAGACACAUUGAACGUCCGGGAAACUUGGAACGCACCUGGCAGCUCUAGCCGGUAGGCAUUGUCAUUGAUCCGGUCGAUCACUCGGAAUGGUCCGUCCCCUUGUGGGGAUAAUUUACUCUUCCUUUCUUCCGGAAACCGCUCUGGCCUCAUGUGGAGCCACACCCAGUCGCCUGGUUGGAAGAUAACUUCUGUGUGCCCCUUGUUGAGCUUAAUCCGGUUCCGUUCAGCCUUCUUCUCCAAAGUCUCCUUGACUUGCCGGUGCAUGUUCUUCACAAACUCAGUCCAAAAUACCAUCAAGACUCUACAAAUUGGAAGAUUGCAUGCCCAUGGUUUCAAGAGGGAGAGAGAGAGAGAGAGUGUGUGUGUGUGAGAGAGAGAGAGAGAGAUAGAGAGAGAUAGCUAUUUGUCUUAGAUGGGAGAUUAUUUGAAAACAAUAGUAUUGAAGCAUAACAAAAACGGUAAGACAAUAAACUCGUCUGAUCAGUUUUGUCAUGACUUAAAAACCCAACUAGUUAUUUUUUUUUUAAUUUUGUUUGUCUCAUGGGUUUCACCUUUGUUUUACUUUUGAAAAAAGGUAAUUAAAUUUGGUAUAAAAGUCCAAAGAUGUUUCUUAACCUUCUUUCCAUUCAAAAUAAAUAGUCAAAGGAUUGUACUAUCUGCUCAUCAAUCAAAACACAGACUCGAUAAAGACUCAUAUAUUUGGAGAAAUCUUUCUUCUUCUUUUUUCGUUGUCUCAUAAUGUCUAUUAAAUAUGUUUUUUUUCUUUAUGGUGUUUGUCUGUUUUGUAGUCUCUGCCAAUGCUCAACUACCCCAGUUUCUCAUCCCAUUUCCUUUUCCACUCCCAUUCCAACCAAGUCCCGGUAUUCCCGGAUUACCUGAUGUAGCAAAAUGUUGGUCUUCAGUGAUGGAUAUUCCAGGAUGCAUUAUAGAGAUUUACACAUCCAUACUCACAGGACAAUUCGGACAUGUAGGUCCUUCCUGUUGCAAAGCAUUUUUGGAAGCCGAAGCCAAUUGCUUACCGAAACUUCCAUUCAACCCACUUUUUCCUCUCAAAGAACAAUGUUCAAGAAUUACUAACGCAGCCCCUCCUGCCACAAAAUAGAGUUUUACAUUAAUAGAAGUAAUAGCUAUGUCGUUUUUAUUUUUCAAGGGAUUUUAACAUUUUAGCUUAAUUCUACGACGUUAUCCUCCAAAAACACGAUUAUAUAAACAGCAUUUUAGAAAUAAAAAAAAUCCUGCAUUUCCUUUUAUAUUAACCAUGCGGUUCAUAACUGUGAAGAUUCUAAACUAAUCUUACUUAUAAAACAUACUUAAAUUAUACUACGAACUAAAACUAUACAAUUUAAUAUUUGGGAAAGUACAUGGGCUGCAUCUACAAAAUAAAUAUAAAGAAGAACAUAAGAGAAUGAUCGAUUUAAGAUCCGAGUUUCAUUUUACAAUAAUCUGAAAGAAGUCUAUUCAUAAUUUUUAUACAAGCUGUAAAAGUUUCCCAUCUUUUUCUGUUUUUUUUUUGUUUCAUAAAAAUAGCAUUUUUGUGUGUUUUAAUGUAACUUUACUACUUCUGUAUCUACAUAUAUAAAUUUAUUAAAUGUAUAUUAUAUAUUAAAGUAUGAUUAUUUUUAUUAUUAAAAUAUGUGAAAACUCAAAACUAACUUCUUCGUGAAA